UGCAAAAGCAUUUCAAACCCUCUCCCCAUCCCCCAAAAUUAGGGUUUCUCCACUCUCUCGCUCUAUCCCCAUCUUCUCUCUAACACAAGAGCUCUCUGCCGUGCAAUCCAUCUUCACAAAACUAAUAUUUGCAGAGAUCUCUUGAAACCCUAACAAUAUGACGACCGUCGUUCCCACAUCCGAAGAAGAUCCCGCCCUCGCCGUCGUCCGUUUCACCGCUGAUUUGUCCUGGGCCGACGCCGGUCCCGAAGUAGCAGAGGGACAAGUGAGUAGAUUGGUCGUAGAGGCACAAGAAUGUAUGGUGCAGAACAGGUGGUUGGAUUUGGCUUCUUUGAUGGUUACUUCUGCUGAUGUAAUUUUCUCUAAAGCUUCUGAAAAAGAUAUUGAAUGUAUUUACACUGUUAUCUGCAACCUUGUUAAGAAGCCCGAGAGCCUUGAUCAGGUGCACGAAAUGGCAGAGCUUAUAGCGACAAAGGUUACUCAACAGCCUAGUGAAAAGCCUGCCCUACGCUUAAAGAUCUUGUUCAACCUCUACAACCUGUUGGAGAACCCAUACAGCCAGUUCUUUGUGUAUAUGAAGGCCCUCAACUUGGCAAUUAAUGGAAAGGUAACCGAACACAUUGUACCGUCUUUCAAGAAGAUAGAUAACUUUUUGAGGGAGUGGAAUCUUGGAGUCAACGAUCGGAGAGAUCUCUUCCUUAAAGUUGCUAAUGUUUUGAAGGAUAGCAAGAGCUCUGCAAAGGAUUCUUUUAACUUUCUUGUGAAGUAUCUGGAUACCUUUUCUGGUGACGAUGCAUUGAGUUUGGCUGAAGCUAAGGAAGAAGCUGUUCACACUGUUAUUGACUUCAUCAAGGCACCUGACAUGUUUCAGGGAGACUUACUAGAUAUGCCUGCCAUUGCACAACUUGAGAAAGACACUAAAUAUGAACUGGUGUAUCAGCUUCUGAAAAUAUUUCUCACUCAGAGGCUCGAUGCAUAUAUGGCUUUCCAUUCAUCGAAUUCCGAUUUAUUGAAGAGCUAUGGUCUUGUGCAUGAAGAUUGUGUUGCUAAGAUGAGGUUGUUAUCUCUUGUUGACCUCGCCACAAGCGAAUCUGGUCAAAUUCCUUACUCCUUGAUUAAGGACACACUCCAGAUUGAAGACAAUGAGGUGGAGCCAUGGAUUGUCAAGGCAAUUACAUCCAAGUUGAUAGAUUGCAGAAUCGACCAGAUCAAUCAAGUAGUUAUUGUUAGUCGGAGCACAGAGCGCGUUUUUGGGCAUCAUGAAUGGGAAUUCCUUCGAACAAAGCUUGCAACUUGGAGGGGGAACAUUACGAAUGUGAUAAGCACCAUUCAAGCGAACAAAAUAACCGAAGAUAGCACCCAAGCAGUGCAGGGUUUGACCAUUCGUUGAGAUUUGUUGUUGUGUCUUAGUGAGAGAGAGCCAUUAUCGUUAAUCUUGCUGCAAGUCAACUGAACUGUUACCCAAAAGUUCUACCUAUUCAUAGAAUCUUUUUCUCAACAGAGUUGUGACGGUGUUAAGAGUUGCUGUGGACCUUGUUUUUUUUGUAGCUUAUUUUUAGACUACAUAUUUUUGCCCAAUUUUGUUUUCGAGAGCUACAUGAAUUGUAUUUUCUCUUUCAUUCCAUGUCAGUGUUACAUUAUUGUCAUAUUUGUUUUCGACUAACAGAACCUCUUUCCCAUUUAAUUAAUAGUUCGAUUUUUUUCUCCC